UUCCAGGAAUAAAAAUGGCAGAGCAGGACUCACCAGGACACAAGCCAUGGGAGAAAUGGGAGAUGAGGGGAAGAGCCCCCCGUGUCGUCCAGGUUGGGACCAUCAGGGAGUUUCUGCCUGAGGCUACUUUGGCUCAGGUGAAGCAAGAACCACCCGAGGGGCUUCAGCAGUGCUGGGAAGCCCAGUGGCAAGAACUCCUGAAGACAAUGCAGGAUCCUCACUCGGGUUGGAAAAACCCGCCAUUGCCUCAGGCUUGGCUCAAGGAGGAGACACUGGAAAUCCAGGCCUCUGGUAAGGAAGCCACUGAUGCCAGCCAGAGGCCUAGAGGAGAGUGUGUUGGCCAAACUUUGCUGGGCCUCAGCGGAGUAGCCCAACAAAGUCUCGACUCUGUGAAGGCGGAGGGAGAGAUUCCAGAGGAGGUGGCCAGUUCAGAGACGCAGCGCCAGUGCUUCAGGCAGUUCUGCUACUGGGACGCCAAGGGACCCAGGGAAGUGUGCAAGCAGCUGCAGAAACUUUGCCGUAGCUGGCUGAAGCCAGAGAGAUGCUCCAAGGAGCAGAUGUUGGAACUGGUGACACUGGAGCAGUUCCUGGCUGUCCUUCCCCCAGAGAUGCAAAGCUGGGUCCGAGACCGUGGGCCAGAAACCUGCGCCAAGGCGGUGGCCCAGGCAGAGAAUUUCUUGACGCAGCUGCGAGAGCUGGAAGGAGCAGAAGAGAAGUUGUUGGGGCCUUUGGAAGAGGUGCCUGUCAGUUCCCCCAAGCUGGAAUGUGGUCAUUCGGAUGCUCUAAAGUUGCAGGACUUUGUGGGGACCAAACGACCGGUUGAUGUGGCAGCCUGCUCCCUGGAAGCUGAUGGGCAAGUGUGGAAGGAGGAGACCUCUCUGCCUGAGCAAGUGGAUAACAGUGGUCCAUCUCCAGGAAGAACCGAAGGCGCACCUCUCCAUAUUCUUGAGAUAGACAAGGAGCCUGGAAGUCAACAGGGCUCAGGAAGACACCAUGAAGACCAUCCAGGGAAGGCAGCGAAACAGACCUCCCUUAGUAUCAAUGGCAACAAAAGUUUUCGUGAAAGUACUUGUCCAGGGGGAGUCUACAAGCAUCCCACCAAAACAAUGGUGCCUGACCAUGGCGGAAACCACCACUGUAGCUCUGGCCUUCCCAAGCAUCAAGCAGUGGAGUGCAAAGAAAUGCCAUAUACGUGCAUCUACUGUGACAAAACCUUCAUCAGCACAUCACAGCUGAUAAUGCACCUGAGAACCCGUAUGGGCGAGCGACCAUAUGAACACUUGAAUUGCCAGAAACGCUUCAGUCAUCUUCUUGUUAGUCAUGAGAGGACCCACACAGCAGAGGAGCACUAUGACUGCUCUGAGUGUGGGAAGAGUUUCCGUGAUAGUUCUUAUCUCAGGAAGCACCAAAGGAUCCACAUGGGCAAGAAACCAUACAGUUGCACACAGUGUGGGAAAUCUUUCUCUCAGCGUUCUGUGCUUUCAAGACAUAAGAGAACGCACAGAGAACAGAAGGUAUACACCUGCUCGGACUGUGGUAAAGGCUUCUGUGAUAAAAAUUCCCUCAGUACACAUCAGAGAGCCCAUACAGGAGAGAAACCCUUUGAAUGCUCAGAGUGUGGGAAACGGUUUGGAUAUGCCUCAAGCCUUGCAAGGCACAAAAAGCUGCACACCGGAGAGAAGCCGUUCCAGUGCUUGGAGUGUGGCAAACACUUGUGUGAUAAAAAAUCCCUUAUCAUGCACAAAAGAACCCACACGGGAGAGAAGCCAUACACAUGCUCAGCAUGUGGCAAGAACUUCCACUGGAAAGGAUCCCUCCUUAUUCAUGAGAAAACCCACACGGGAGAGAGACCCCAUCAGUGUUCAGACUGUGGCAAAAGAUUCUGUGAUAAGCGGUCCCUUAUUACACACCGCAGAGCCCACACUGGAGAGAAACCCUAUGAGUGCUCCAAGUGCGGGAAACGCUUUGGUUACGCCCCUAACCUCGUCCGACAUAAGAAGCUACACACAGGAGAGAAGCCCUAUCAGUGCUUGCAGUGUGGCAAAUGGUUCUGUCAACCCUCAGACCUCCUAAGACAUGAGACCAUUCACAGGCAGGAGAAGCCGCAUAAAUGCACAGACUGUGACAAAAGCUUCAGCCAGAAAGCCUCCCUCAUUGGACACAGGAGAACGCACACAGGAGAGAAGCCAUACAAAUGCACUGCCUGUGAAAAGAGGUUUUGCAGCUUUUCUGGUUUCCGUAAACAUCAGAAAAUCCACAGUGGGGGAAAAACAUAAAGGAUCUUUAGCCUAGAGCAAAAGUUAUGACAUGAGAGCUUAGGGAGGUGGGAAGAAGUUUCUUUGGUUUGAAAAUCUCUCAGACUUUCAGAUAUCCUUAAAAUAUAAGAGUCAUAAUUUCUUGCUUGGGAGCACAUUUUUUAACAUUUCUCCCAGCGUGCCACACAUCAGAGACUCUGCUUCAGUGGCUAAAGAUGCUCACAGCUUGCUUUUGUCUUAGAUGGGCUAGAACAGGAGUGGGUAGUUCUAUUCUCCCUCACAGCAUUUCACAGGCAUGUUCUUUUAAAUGAUAUUAGUCACCGCCUGAGCGGAUGGAUAUCCUCACUAAAAGCUCUGACCUGCAGCAUUUUUUUAUUUUUAUUUUUAUUUUGGUCUGUCUAGAAACAUGCAGGGAGAAACAAGAUAGCAAUGCAGGAGUGUAACCUAUAUGCAAACAUAGAUUCUGUAGUGUUUUUCUUACUGUUCCCAUAAACAGAAAGUCCACACUGGAAUAAAACAUUUUAAGC